AUGGUGGAUUCACAGACCAAUGUUACAACUCAGCAGCUAUUAGCACUCAGGGUUAUGAGGCUCGCGAGACCAAAAUUCGCCCAAUUUACUGGAUUCUCUUAUGAUCCUGUGGAUCCAAGCGGGUUCGGGUUUCUGCUCUCUUCGAAGGCUUGCGAGAUGACUGGCGAACGCCGAAAUGAUCUUCCGAUCGGAGAGUUUCUCAUCGCGCCGCAAAUGUUCGACGUUGUAAAUGAAAGUGAACAGGAUGUGGUUGACGUCAACAUAAAGUGUGAACUUCAAACGACGACACAGCGCGUACCGCUUACAUGCUCUAUUCAGGAAUCAAAUAUCAAAGUCGGGCAAUGCGAAUCGCAAGUUAUCAGUCACGAAGUGAAGGAAAUCGGGCAACAUAUAUUGAUAUGCUCUGUAAACUACAAAACAUCGUCUGGCGAAAGUAUGUUUUUCCGGAAAUUUUUUAAAUUUCCGGUUUCGAAGCCUAUCGACGUGAAAACUAAGUUUUACAGUGCCGAGAACCAGGAUGUUUAUUUGGAAGCUCAAAUAGAAAAUACUUCGACAGUGAAUAUGUUCAUGGAAAAAGUCGAUCUGGAUCCAAGUAGCCAUUAUAAAGUAAACAGCAUUAUGAGCCAUGAUGAAUUCGAUAUAUGUGGAUCUCUCCUAAAGCCGAAAGAUAUCCGUCAAUUUUUAUUCUGCUUGUCGCCGGUUGAUGUUCACAAUACUUUAGGUCAUAAUGACUUGACCACGAUAGGAAAAUUGGAUAUGUCGUGGAGAACGAGUAUGGGAGAGCGUGGACGGCUUCAGACAAGCGCGUUACAGAGAAUCGUCCCUGGCUAUGGUGAUGUUCGACUUUCCGUCGAGAAAACGCCAUCCACUGUUUUGGUAAAACAACCAUUCCAAAUUACGUGCAGAUUGUACAAUUGCUCGGAUCGUGCUUUGGAUAUUCAAUUGCACCUGGAGCAGGCGAAAUCAAAUCCAUUAGUCAUUUGUACAUCAUCUGGAAUAUCUUUGGGCCAGAUUUUGCCAUCGAAACACAUUGAUUUUCAAUUGGACGUGUUUGCCGUAGCCGUGGGAAUACAGAGCAUUUCCGGACUUCGAAUUGUAGAUACAUUAACAAAAAGGGAAUAUGAACAUGAUGAUAUCGCACAGGUGUUUGUAUCAUAG